AUCUAACGAUUCGGUGGGAAGUCAAGUUGACGCGUCGGAUUACGGGAGACUGAGGGAAAUAAAUUAUUUUUCGUUUGGAUUUCAUUCGGGGCAGUUGACUAGAUUAGAUAGCUCCAUCGGGUUCGGGGUUUCAGGUUUAAAUUUCGUUUUUUUUUCGGGGGAUUAUUUUUGAUCGACUGGGAAAAUUCAUCGGGAGUGUCUUUGUGGUAAUCCAGAGGAAUCAGGGAAGAAGAAAAUUUCGAUUUUCAUCGGGAAAUUCAGUGGCGAGACGGGAAAUGGCGACUUCUCGUUGUCCCCGCUGAUCGGGAAGUGGGUCUUCGAGGGUUGAAGACAAGUCUUUCUUUGAUUCGUUCAACCCGAGAUCCCGCAAUACUGCUAAAUUGAGGAUUUUGAUAGCAGCGAGUAUGAUCCCCUGCCCCUGCAUUCCCACAGUCAUCCCAUCCCACUCCCAUCGCAUUUGACAGGUACUUGAAAAAACACAGGUUGAAUUCUCAUUUAUUGAAUAAUUAUUUUCACUAUCUUGAGGGUGUUUUUCUUUCGGCUAAUGCUCAGUCAUUAAUAUCGAUCUAUGUCGCAGUACAAGGGGGUUGAUCUAAUUAAUUCAUUGACUGACUAUGUAUCACACUAUGCUCCCACCUCCCAUGAUGGUACAGAUUGUCGGUGGUCAGCAAACGAAUGGACAGUGUCCUAACAUUCCCCCCCCAUCAAUUCCCACAACAAGUGCAGCAACAACUCCCACAGAAGUUCCGUCCCCUUACGUAUUCGAUGGCAGUACCCAGAGCCAUCGUCUGAUUCACACAAGUCCCCAAUAUCCCCUGGAAGUUUACCAGAUGAUGGGUGUGGAGAUACCGCAGUUUCGAAGGCCCAAUUAUGGGACACCAACGAGUAACAUUACCCCAUGGCAGAGGCGUGUGACCACUAGCUCCAGCACAACCCUUCCUACAACGAAUUACCGUCAGGGUGGAUUCAAUUCCUUGAAAAAAUCCACAUGGGCGACAAAAGCCAAACGUCAGCCAUCAAAAGAGCUUCCCCCUGAGCCAUGCAACAGUGACAGUGGCUUCAGCUCUCGUUCACCAACACCUAAUAAACACACAGACAGCAGCCAGACAGAGAGCUCCGACGAUCGUGAAUCCACGUCGUCAGCUGAUCUCGAGAUCAAACGAAUGCAAGAGCUCCCCACAAUAGCCAUUCACAACAUCACCCUCACCCCACAAGGGCUCAUCUCCAAUCUGGCACCUCAGUAUUACCAACAGCAGAGACCUCUCAAUUACUACCACAGCACGAUACCAGCAGCGAGAACAACGCAGAUACAGCAAAACUAUCAGAGCAAAAAGCGAUAUCACAGUGGCAGAAGCUCAAGCUCACCACCAGCUCAGAAGACCCAGAACAGGCGAAAAUUCACGGACAUAAUGGUGCCAACAUUCAAUUUCUAUCCAAGACCCUAUAUCGCACCUGACAGAUUUCUCGCAAGGUCUCACCUCAUGCAGGUGCACAAGACCCCAGAGGAUUUGGUUCAGCGUUGCAGGUGGGACGAGCUCUCCAGGGACAUGUGGAAUAAGUUCCUGGGCAAUCAGCAAUCCGAGGCGACUUUCAGAAAUAAAAUGAUGCUCUGGAAGUAUCUCUAUAUUUAUAUCAAAUCAACUUACCCAAGGUAUGGGCUUUUUCUCGUUGGAUCUACGAUGAAUGGAUUUGGUGCUGACAGCAGUGAUGUCGAUAUGUGUCUCCUUGUGAGGAAUACGGAGAUGAUACAGAGGAAUGAGGCGAUCUGUCAUCUCGAUCAAAUCAAGGCUUGUCUAAAAAACUGUGAUUUCAUCGAUCAGCUGACGUUGAUACAGGCCAAGGUACCUAUCCUCAAGUUUCACGAUGGCAUGCAGAAUCUCGAUAUUGACUUGAAUUGCAAUAAUGCUGUGGGCAUUCGUAAUACUCAUAUGCUCUACUGCUACUCGAGGAUUGACUGGAGGGUCAGGCCUCUGGUGCUCGUCGUGAAGCUGUGGGCACAGAGUCAGGAUAUAAAUGAUGCAAAGAACAUGACCAUCUCCAGUUAUUCACUCGUACUCAUGGUCAUUCAUUUUCUCCAGUGUGGAGUUCAUCCCGCUGUUCUGCCUUGUCUACACUCCAUGUAUGGGUAUAAAUUCAAUUCCUACUCGGAUAUUCACACCAUUGACAUUCAUGAGGAUCUCGAUUUUCCCGCGAAAACUUUUGCACAGACCAAUCGGCAGCCUCUUGGGGAACUGCUCUUUGAAUUCUUCAAGUAUUAUUCGAAUUUUGAUUUCAAUCAAUACGCGAUAUCAGUGAGAUUAGCUAGAAAAGUGCCAAUUGAUGACUGUCGUCGAGCCAGAUCGUGGAAGAAUGAUCCACAUCAAUGGAAAUUACUCUGCAUCGAAGAACCAUUCGACUUGACGAAUACUGCCAGAUCGGUCUACGACUAUGCUGUGUUCUCCAGAAUCAAGACUGUCUUCCGCAGGACCUAUCAAAGACUGAAGGAGAGCAUGAACCUCGCCAGUAUAUUCGUAAAACAAGCGCCACAUGUUGGGCUUCACUACCCACAUCCCUAGAGUAACUCGGAGUCGUCAGACUUCUAUUUAUGAGACACUCUUCCUUGCCAGAGUGGCAAACAGUGAGCUUGUAUAUUUUUUUUUUUGUGAUAAAAUACGAGUCUCGUGAGAUUAACAUGGCUGUGCUGUGUAUCAGUGAUCAACACUGUGAUAUUUAGAUGUCGAGUCGAAUAUUUAGGAUGAAUUACGCGUCUAGGGAGAUGAAAGGUAAUUGCAACGGUAUUAGUAAAUGAAAUGAGAUGAUUCAAGAGAAAGGAAAGGGAAAGAACUCGAGGGGAGAGAUAUAAAGAGCGAAUGAAAUAAUGAGGAAUUCCGGGGAUUGGGAGAUUAGAAAGUGAGAGGAGUUGCUGUGCAAUGAGAUGGGAAUAGAGAGGAAACAGAAAUGAGUGGUGAAUAGUUUUCCUCUCGACGUAGAUAAGAGGGAAACCGAGGGUGGAGUGGUGAAAUGGAGAAAUGAGGGGGAGUAUUCGAUGCAAGGAAUAAUGCCAUGAGAAUUCACCACUUCACUUAUAUAUUUGUGCCUUGUUUGUUACUAUUUAUAUUACGAGACUUGAAUGAAUAAUACCAGGGGAGUGACGAGACUUGCUCAACGAGUUGUAAUAUGAUCGCAGGGUACCCUGGAGCCAGAAUGACAUAUUGAACGUGAAAACUGAGAUUUAAAUCAAGUAACUUGUAUUAUUCUGAAUACUCGGUGCAGUUACGACUCGUGUGAUUUCAACGAAUUCGAUUAAAUUAUUCUGAGUUUUCUGCAAUUGCACUUGGUGCCGAAAAGCCUCUCCCUCAGUUAUACAUAAUGAGAAAAAAAAA